GCUAGCAGAAGCACAGUGGAGACGGGGACGCGGACGCGUGCGACGGUACGAGCACGACUACGACACGGACACGGUGACAACCGACACGGCACACGACACGACCACGGGUGUGUGUGUGAUAGUGACCGGGACAUAACCUUAUUCUCCACCACAACACGAAAAAUGCCUGAUCUACUAGAACAUAUGUAUUGCGCCCAGCAAAUUAAUAUACCCCCAAACUUGCCCUAUAUCUUGAAACAAUACGCCAAAGCAGCAAUACGAACACAGCCUCAUGAUUUGCUCUUCUGGUCGGCUGCGUACUUUAGAGCCAAGGCCAACAACUCACCUCCACCUGUUAAGGAACGUCUUGAGUAUCCACCUUUUGAUUCUCCUUCUAGACUGUCUCCUGGGUUUUUGAGAGUUCUUCACAAACAGUUGGGAAACCACGAGUACGUGAGAGUGGAAGUGCUUUACGAGAAGUGGAUGGGAGUUUGUCUUGUCAAAGAAGCGUUAGACUCGAUGCUGAGAAUCGGAAACAUCCAGAAUAGAGUUCCUUGGCUGAAAUUCAUUGCUAUUGCAUCCGGACACCUUUGCAAUUCUCUUAGCAAGACUAUGAUCCUUAUCUGCGAAGUGUUGACCGAUCAGCCGGAAGGUGGCGCUGCUUGGAUCCCCGUAGAUAAGUUUGUGGAUCUUUACCAGUUCCUGGCAGUUCUCAACUGCGGACCUCAACCUCCAAAUGUAAAACAUGUGGAACUUCUUCUAGAAUCACCCUCAGUGACAUCAACACACGUGUCAACCAGUGUCGCUGAAGUAAAAGACCCAGAACCAAUGGAAGUGGAGGAGAAAGAUUCAACUGCUGGGCUGAUGGUGUGGCAGGAUGUACAGCCACAAGAGAAGUCCGAUCGGAUCCGAUCACCCAAAGCAGAGGACGAGCCGGGAGCGUCCUCCGAAAUUGGGGUGGAAGUGUUCGACGAUGCCAAGGGUGCAGUUACAGAACUGGUCACUUUAUAUCCUGUUACUACUAAGUCUGAGCUAUCUCAAGAUUCUGAAUCAUCAUUGAAAGCCACCACAGCAACACACAAAGGCGACCUUGAGGGAGAAAAUGUUUUGAGCCAUUCAUCACUUAAGGAAAAUGCAGAUUGGAUAAACAUUGAUGCCAAGAAUUUGGACGAUGAUGAAAAAGAAAAAGAUCAACCUGCGGUUUUGGCUGAAAUUGUUGCCGAAGAAACAACCACGGAAAUGUCAGCUAAAAGUGACUCUAAAACCGAAGAUAAGUUAAAGACGAAAACCGAAGAUAAGUUAAAGACGAAAACCGAAGAAAAUGUUGAAGAUAAUAAUGGGAACCAAGACAAUCUGUCUGAGAAUUUAGAUCAUCCUGAAGAAUCAGAAGAUAAAACUGAAGAGAAUGAAUUGCAGAAUGCAGACAUUGACUCUGAAAAAGAAACCUCGGAUCUUGUCUCAGAGGAAGCGAAACCACAAGAAGAAGAAAGCCUUGAAAAUGUCAUAAUUGAACCUGCAGAAUCAGAGAACGAUGUCAGUGAUUCCGUUAGACGAGAUAGAACUGACUCGGAAAUAGCUGUCGACCAGACCAUAACGAUGGCGAAUUUCAUAGGAAAACGGCAAGUAGGACUUUCCGUGGUGGAAAUUAGAAGAGGAAGAUUUGGAGACAAAUCAAUCGACCAAAUAGAUAGUGGAGAAGGUCCAAUGGCAUCACCGACAGUGCAUCGGCUUGCUACUGAAUCUGAUGAGUCUAUUGAGACUGAGGAGGAAGAAAAAGAGGAUAAAUCAAGUUGGGAUUAUGUUCCUGGAAUCGGUCCUGUGAUACCGGAGGCCCAGAUACUGGCCGUGGUGGAGUAUAUGCAAUACUGGGCGUCUAAACAGCAGGGAAUGGUGGGGCCCCGUAACAUUACCCAUCUGCUGUGUCCCCCGCUUGACUUACCCACGCCUGCUGAAGAUGAUACAUCUGUGUAUUAAACCACAAAUCUAUACACAAUGUCAAUUAUUAUCACUUGGCUAAAAUAUUUUGAAAAAGGCUUAGCUUGGGAAUUACAGUUUUCCAUAUUUUAAUACCAGUUUGCAGCAGUUUACAAUCGUGCUAGAUGCUUAUUGUAAUAUGGUCAUCUUUUAAAAUUUAAAUAUUUCACUGGAUUAGUUUUGUAAAAUAUAAUUAUUAAAUAUACAUGUUGGUUAAUAGAGUAAUAAUUAUUUGUCCAUGUAUUUAAUCAUUGAAUUUUCUGCUAGUUUCAAAUUGACAUUUAAAAUAAGUCACAUAAGCUUGUUUUUUAUUUGCAAUACAUUCUAAUGAAAUAAAAAAGUCAUAACUUUUCUACAUCUUCAUUUUGACUGACUUUAGGUUUAGAAAAAACCCCAAAACAAAAUUUUGGUCCCCGAUUCCAAACUAAAAAUCAAACUUGAGACAUAGCUUUAAGCACGCAAAACAACUCUUGAUGCUAUAUGUAUGCUUUUGAUGAAGUUUAUGCUAUCAUGUUACAUGCAUUUUAGGUCGAAAAUGGUUAAAAAUGUUAUAAUAUAAACCAAGAUACU